AUGUUGCCGCGCACCCGGCGGGUGCCAUCCUUCGCCUCGAAGGCCCGUAUCUUCUCCUCACGCACCUCGUUGUGCCGCUGCAGCAGCGCCCGCACGGUGCGGAACGAACUCUCCACCUCCAUCGUCGCGUUUGUCAUGAGCGCGCGCGCCACACGAACCGCCAGCAGUCGGACCUUCUGCACAAACACAAGGUCCGCCGCAGCGUUCUUGCUGACGGUGCUGUACUUGCUCUUCAGCUCCUGCAGCAGCAGCGCGCCGGCCCGGGCGCUGCCGUGGAGCGUGCGGAUAUCGGCCUGCGCCGAUUCACUCGGCGGCGUCAACAGCCACGUGAUUUUGUGCAGGAACGUCUCAAUGACGCGGUUGGCCUGA